CGUCCCUCUCUCGUCGUCACCGGACAUUCGUCUAUAAAUUGCCCGCGCUUGUGUGAGGCUGCCCAGCAAACCCCCACCAUGGCUGGUCUCUUUGAGAGUUUCACGCGCGAAGUCGAGCAGGUGCUGGACAAGAUUCCAUCUGGUUUCUAUCAUGCAGAGCAGACAGUGGAAGGACUCGUCGAACCGGAUGAGCGGCACGACUCGCCCCAGGAGCAGGCCGAGGACAGGGUCCGCGCAGAGAUCAAUGCAAGCCAUCGCUUCGACUCGUUCGCAGUCGAGCGUAACGACAACUUCGUCAAAUGGCACAUCGAUGGACACGACUACAUGUACGCCGUCUCGGAGCUGCUCGACAGCGCGCGCGAGUCGAUAUUCAUCCUCGACUGGUGGCUCACCCCCGAACUCUACCUCCGGCGCCCCGCGGCGUACCACCAGGAAUGGCGCCUCGACCGCCUCCUGAAGCGCAAGGCGGAGGAGGGCGUGCGCGUGUACGUUGUCGUGUACAAGGAGGUCGCCGAGACGAUGUCCAUGGACUCGGAGCAUACCAAGCACGCGCUCGAGGCGUUGCACCCGAACAUCGCGUGUAUGCGCCAUCCCGACCACAUCGGAAGUCGAGACGACGUCGAGUUCUGGUCCCAUCACGAGAAGCUCGUCAUCGUCGACAACCACCGCGCGGCGGUCGGCGGGCUCGACCUCUGCUUCGGGCGAUGGGAUAUGCACGCGCACCCGCUCGCGGACGUGCACCCCUACGACUUCCGGCGGGUCAUGUUCCCGGGCCAAGACUACAACAACGCGCGUAUCCUCGACUUUCAGCACGUGCAGAACUAUGUGAGCAAUGGCCUCAGCGCCAUCGAGACGGCGCGCAUGCCCUGGCAUGAUGUGCAUAUGACGACCUGCGGGCCUGUUGUGCUGGAUCUCGUGCAGCAUUUUGUGGAGCGGUGGAAUGAGAUCAAGAAGCGCAAGUACUCUGAUGUUAGCCGCUAUGAGUGGCUUGCCUUCCCUCAUGAUGUCGACGCCGCACCUGACGAGGUUGUUGCUCAGCUUCCCCAGCGAGAGGCAUGGGCGGAGGUGGGCCGCAACUUCACACAGCGCUACCAAGGCCCGUACAGUGAGCCGACAGGUGAUGAACUCGAUGACCCUGCGAUCUACCCGCGUCCGCCCAACGGGACGUGCCAUGUCCAGGCCGUCCGCAGCGUCUCGGAUUGGAGCCAUGGUGUGCUCACUGAAAAGAGCGUCCAGAAUGCGUACUGCCAGAUGAUCCUGGAGGCUAAUCACUUUAUCUAUAUCGAGAAUCAGUUCUUCAUCUCGACCACUCAGCAGGAAGGGCCCGUCAAGAACCAGAUCGCAGCUGCAUUGGUUCAACGGAUCUUGCGGGCUGCACGAAAUGGCGAGAAGUUCAAGGUCGUCAUCAUCCUACCGGAGGUUCCGGCCUUUGCAGGACCAGUGAAGGAGGAGACGUCUAUCAAGAUUAUCAUGGCUGCGCAGUAUAGGACGAUGAAUCGUGGUGGUCAUAGCAUCUACGAAGAGAUCCGUGCUGCUGGUUACGAACCCUCGGACUACAUCCGGUUUUACAACCUUCGGGCGUAUGACCGUAUCAACGCUCCGUAUGACUCGUACUUCAACCUCAUUGAGGAGAACAGCGGAGUCAAGUUCCAUCAGGCAAUCGCAGCCGUCGCACGCCUGUGGGUCGGGGAGGGUGAGGAGAAGGACGCGCCCGCAGAGGUCUCCGUUGUCCUGCCCACGGGCGAACUCGACGAGGAGAUGACCGUGUCGGGCUCGGGCAAGCCUAAGCUCAGGAGCGAGACGUACCCGCUCCCGCAGUCGUACGAUGAGGCGCACGAUUUACUGAGGCGGUGGAGGGAUGCGGCUGUUGGCUUGCGCAGCGACGAUGAUGUUUCGGAUAAUGUGGUGCAGCACAUGUUGACGGAUAAGACGAGCUUGAUGGAUGAGCAGUGGCUUGGGACGGAGGAGGAGGAGAGGGCCGCUUUCAUUUCUGAGCUAGUGUAUAUCCACGCAAAGCUGAUGAUCGUGGAUGAUCGGAGGGUUAUCAUGGGUUCGGCUAACAUCAACGAUCGCAGUCAGAAGGGUGAUGGUGACUCGGAGAUCGCACUCGUUGUCGAGGACGGGGACAUGAUAGAGUCUGCGAUGGACGGACAGCGAUACAUGGCCAGUCGAUUUGCCGCGAGCCUGCGGCGCAAGCUGUACAGAGAACAUCUGGGCCUUAUUGUCCCGCACAUCUGCGAGAACCAUCAGGAAAAGGUUACCUCUUUCAUGCGCCCUGCGCCGCACGCCAACGACGACGAGACGGAUACGGACGAGGAUGCCAUCGUCAGGGACCCGUUGUCGGAUAUGACUGAGAGCCUGUGGAACGACACGGCGAAGAGUAACCGGGAGAUUUUCAAUGAGCUUUUCCGCACUGUGCCUAGCAAUUCGGUGCGCUCGUGGGAUACGUACUGGAAAUACAUACCGAAGGUCAUGCCUGGACAUGUCGUACCCGAGAUGUCACUCGAGCAUGUGAAGGAGCGUCUCUCUAGAGUGCGAGGCGCACUCGUUGAAUGCCCCAUGGACUUUUUGAUUGAUCAGCAUGACUUUGUCGAAGGGAUUGAUUGGAUGGGGCUGAAUCCGACGUUGCCGAUCUAUAUCUAGGUAUCUUUCUCGGAAGUUAGGCAAACGGGGUUACUUGGAAGGACGAAUGGAUCUGGAAAGUGGAGUGUAUGCUUUGCUCUAUCAUGCUCGAGUUGGAUUUACCUCUGUAGGCGUAAAGCUAGCACAUGUACGGAACGGAAUGGAUUGCCAGGACAAACUAUACCAGUUCAGUAGGUUGCAACGUUAUAAACAUUGGAAUGAUUAACUCGGUUGGAUGUGUGAAUGGCUUGCUCGAGUUUCACGUCCGGGAAGAUCACUCGAUACUCAUGGACAGCAUCCGUCCAGAAGCUGUUAUGCCCUGCCAAUAUGGUCUUCAAUUCUAGUACAUUGC